AUGCCGUCAGCAUCACAGUCAUCUCAACAGUCUUUUAGCAUGAGCCAACAGUCCCAACCGAGGCAUAGCGCCUCCUUCCACCAAAGCUAUAAUGGCGCAGACGGCCCCCAGAUCUACUCUGCUUCAUAUUCAGGUGUCGAUGUCUACGAAAUGGAGGUCAACAACGUGGCAGUCAUGCGAAGACGUAACGAUUCCUGGCUAAACGCCACCCAGAUCCUCAAAGUCGCCGGCGUCGACAAGGGCAAGCGAACCAAGAUUCUCGAAAAGGAGAUACAAACAGGCGAGCACGAAAAGGUCCAGGGCGGCUAUGGCAAAUAUCAGGGUACUUGGAUCAAGUUUGAACGAGGCGUCGAAGUUUGUCGGCAGUAUGGCGUAGAAGAGAUUCUGCGACCACUUCUGACAUACGAUAUGGGACAGGACGGUGGCGUUGCCGGCAGAGGAGAUUUCAACACUCCCACCAAGGAGCAGGCCAUGGCGGCUCAGAGGAAGCGAUUGUACAACUCGGGUGUAGAUGCCAGACCCAAUGGCAUGUCCGGCACCUUUUUCAAGAACAUCUCUAGCACCGCCUCACAUGCGGUUGCGGCCAUCAGCAAAGCUCGCUUCGACUCUCCGGGGCCGAGAAGUCGAAACGGUCCCGCCCGAGCACCUAGCUUCAGCCGGCAGCCGUCGAUGCAGAACGGCGAUGAGUUCCCCGGAAACUCGCAACAGAGCUACACGUCCGACUACAGCCAACAAUUGGAUUCGGCAUACUCUACGCAACAAGCAGCCGCCUUGGCCGGCAUGCCCGAGCAUGAGCCUCCUCGUAAACGCCAGCGGGUAACAAUGACGCCAGUCGACAGUUUCAGUGGAUACAACCAGAGUAUGGACAUGUAUGGGACCGCCUUUCCAGGAUCGCCCACUGAACCCAAUGAGUCUUUCAUGUACACCCAAAGUGCAAUCCAGGAUGGCGUCGCUGCCGGCGAUGACGGCAAUGGCUCCUUGCCUCCCUUGCCGUAUGAAAUGUCUCCUGACGUGGAAAUGAAGCGCAACACCUUGAUGGGCUUGUUCAUGGAUUCAUCACCCAAUGACACCUCGAAGCAUGAGUUACUACGAACAUUCAGUCCAGCAGAACUUGACAUGCCUAUCGAUCCCCAGAGUCACACGGCGCUUCAUUGGGCGGCCACACUGGCCCGUAUGCCACUUCUGCGUGCCCUGAUCGCAGCCGGCGCAUCUCCAUACCGGGUCAAUGCAUCUGGUGAAACUGCGUUGAUGAGGGCCUGUUUAGUCACGAAUUCGAUGGACCAAGGCUCGUUUCCUGAUCUUCUCGAAGUCCUUGGAGGCACCGUCGAGUCUCGAGACCACAAGGGUCGAACAGUGCUGCAUCAUAUUGCUGUAACCAGCGCCGUCAAAGGUCGCAAUGCUGCUAGUCGAUAUUAUCUAGAGAGCCUUUUGGAAUGGGUUGUUCGACAGGGUAGCGUACCGAGCAGCCAGGCCAAUAGCAGCGUUCCCAAUAGCUCUCAAUCCGUCAUUCCCAAGAUGGGAAUUGCUCGUUUCAUGAGUGAAAUUGUCAAUGCUCAGGAUAGUUCAGGUGACACCGCUUUGAAUAUCGCGGCUAGAAUUGGCAACCGGAGCAUCAUCUCACAGCUUCUCGAGGUCGGUGGAGACCCCAACAUUGCCAAUCGUGUCGGCCUGCGACCUCUUGAUUUUGGCAUUGGUGGUGACAAUGCAGAGGAAAAGACCAACAGCGAAAUACCAGCCGACAAGAACGGCGGUGCCGGGUCAAGCCAAAGGACGCGAGAGAGCAGUGAUGAGAUUAUUGCGUCCAUCACACAUCUCCUCGGCGAGACGGGAACAGCUUUCCAGCAGGAAAUGAAGUCCAAGCAAGUCUCAUUAGACGCCAUGCAUGCGACGCUGCGCACGACUUCGACCCAGCUUGGUGACGCCCGCCGCAAUCUCGAACAGCUAACCUCCACCGUCAAGAAGCAGCAACUUGCUCGACAGAAGGUGUCCAACCUCGCACAUGCCCGCGAAGACGAGCAGCUCCGCCUAAUGAACGAACAACAGCGCUCAUCACAGCCCAACCCCUCAGCGUCAUGGGAGACUGAGUUAUCAGCCAUGCUCGAAGCAGCCGAAGAAUCCACAAACAGCGGCGGCUUCGGCAGCGAGAGCAUGCUCCCAACCGCCUCCAUCCUCCGAUCACGCAUCCGUGCCAUGGAAGCCCGCCGCGAAGUAACCCGCAAGAUGGUCUCCGCACUCAAAGGACGCAGCCGCGACGUCGAAAUCAAGUACCGCCGUGUCGUGGCUCUCUGUACAGGCGUCCAAGAGGGCGAGGUCGACGCCGUGGUAGACAACCUCCUCAAGGCUGUUGAAAGCGAGCGCGAUGAGCUAGACAUUGGCCGUGUACGAAGAUUUCUAGGCGGAGUCGAAGGUGUGGUGCAUUAA